GGGAACCUACUGGCUACCUAACUGGAGAAAAUGAAACUUUGUUAUUAAAUAACAGAGAUGGUGAGGCAUUUAACCUCCAAGAAGUUGUAGAAGAGGUAGUUGAAAGUUUGGGAGGUGAUUGUUAGAUGUAGAAAGUCAUCUUUCAGAGGUGGAGAGUAGUAAUUCAGAUCUGGAAGAUAUACCUGAAGAGGAUGACUCAGAUGUAGAUGAGGAGUUGAGAACUCUUAGACAAGACAAAAGAAAUAAAAAACAGAAGAAAAAAGCUCCUGUUACAGAAGAGAUACCUGUUGGAGAGGCUGGAGGUAUAGAUAGAGGGUUUGAAGAUAUUGGGGUAGACAAGGCUAACAAAUAUGCUGGAAAAUUGGUGGGAGAUGAAGAGAAAAUCAGUAGUUCUGAAUGUUGGAGUGAUGAUAGCAGGGAAGAGCUAGAUGUAGAAGCUGAGAGGAGUAGAUCUACCCUCUAGGAGCAGAAGUAAAAAAGUAAGAUAUGAUGAAGCUUGUGAGGUGGUUGUAUUUGAGCUUGGUAUGGUAUUUGAGAAUGUAAGACGGUUUAGAAAGGUUGUGGCAGAUUAUGUUGUUGAGUAUAGGAGGCAAAUUAAACUAAGACCUAAUGAGCCUCAUAGGGUAAGGGUUAAGUGUAAAACAAAUACAUGUAAAUGGUUGUUGGCUGCUUCUUUGGAUAGAGACUCUGGUGAUUUUAGAGUCAUUAACUAUCAUCCUGUACAUAAAUGCAUUCCUACUAACAAAAAUAAGCUUUGCACUUCUAACCUUAUUGCCAGAAAGUUCAAGGAUAGGAUAGUUUCCCAGCCAUAUAUAAGGCUUUGGGAAAUUCAAGAGCUGGUUAGAGACAAGUUGGGUCUUUAUGUUGGUAGGACUGUGUGUUAGAGAGCAAAACAUAAAGUUCUGAAGGAAAAUAUGGGUGAUUGGAAGCUGGAAUUCUCAAGGUUAUGUGAUUAUGCAGACAUCAUCAAGCAAACAAUUCUAGGAAGCUCAUGCUGGGUUAAAAUUCAUAAAGAGACAGAUCCUGGGAAGAAUUUGUUUGUAUAUUUCUAUGUAUGCUUUGAAGCCUUCAAAAAAGGAUGGUUAGAUGGGAGUAGGAAAAUCAUAGGAUUUGAUGGUUGUUUUCUUAAGGGAGCUUGUGGAGGUCAACUUCUUGCUGCUGUUGGAAGGAAUGGAAACAAUCAAAUGUUUCCUAUUGCUUGGGCAAUUGUGGAUCAAGAAACAAAACAUAGCUGGAGUUGGUUCUUAGGAUAUUUGAUUGAUGACUUAAAUCUGGGCACUGGUGAAGGUUUGAGUGUAAUGUCAGAUACGCAAAAGGGACUUGUUCCUGCCAUAAUGGAGUAAUUGCCAAAUGUAGAGCAAAGAAUGUGUGCUAGGCAUAUCUGGAGUAACUGGCAUAUCAAAUGGAGAGGAGAAGCUAGAAGAAAACAGUUCUGGAGAUGUUCAAAAGCUAGCUUUGAAGUCAAAUUUAAAGAGGAGCUGGAAGUAUUGAGUAAAUUAGGUAAGAAGGAAAUAUGUUAGGAUUUGUUGCAUUAUCCAAAGGAAACAUGGUGCAGGGCCUAUUUUAAAAUUCAUGCCAAAUGUGAUAUUGUUGAGAACAACAUGAGUGAGACUUUCAAUUCUUGGAUUUUAGCUGCUAGGCAUAAGUCUAUUAUCACCAUGUUAGAGGAAAUUAGGCAUAAACUAAUGAACAGACAUGGAUAUGAUCAAUUUUGCUAAAACAUGGAUUACAGAUAUUUCUCCUAUGGCAAGAACAAUACUAGAGGAAAAUAAAGAGUACUCUAAGAAGUGUAAAGUUAUGUGGAAUGCACAAGUUAGUUUUAAAAUUCUAGACAAUGGAUAUAGGUUUAGGGUUCAUUUGGGAAACAAGACUUAUGAUUGUAGGUUAUGGCAGUUAAGAGGUAUUCUUUGACCCCAUGCAGUCUGUGCUUAUUAUAAAUUAAACUUAGAUCCUGAUGAGCAUGUAGAGCAUUGGUAUAGGAAUGAUACAUUUCUGAAGGCCUACAGUUACUAUAUUCAACCUAUUCCCAAUCUAAAGAUGUGGCCUGAAAGCUCAAAUCCAUCAAUAGAGCCUCCUCUGCCAAAGUCAAUGCCAGGUAUACCUAAAAGGUGUAGAAGAAAGGCUAAGGAUGAACCAAAAAAGAAGUAUGGAAAGCUAUCAAAGAAGGGUGCCAACAUGACUUGUUCAAAAUGCAAACAGAUUGGCCACAACAGAAAAGUGUGUCAAACAGGAGUAAGUUUAUACAUUCUAUCUACAUAUAUUUCUCACUGUUCUUUUUAUAUGUCUUACAUGUUCUGUUAUGUGUUGUAGUCUGGACUGGGGGAUUCUUCACAGCCUAGAGAAUCAAAUGCCCAACCUAGCCAACCAAGCCAGCCAACCAACCCAACCAAGCUCUGUUUGUGAAGACACUACAGCUCUUAGAAGAGUAAACCAAAGUAGGGGAGGUGUUGGGAAAGGCAGAGGAGGUGGAAGCAAAAGAGGUAAUGGAAGAGGAACCCCAUUUGUAAGUCCAAGAGAUGCUUAAUCUAGUCAGACUAAGGGUUCUAAUUUUGCUGAAUGUGUUGCUGCAACUGGAGGAAACAAAAGGCCUAGAACUAUUGGGUUUAGUGUAUACUCUGACCCUCGAACUGGAAACCAAGUGUUUAAUGUAUGUUCACUUCUAUUUUUUUUCUUCGUAUUGAACAAAUAGUUACUAUAUUUGGUCUACUAUUAAUAAUUCUUUUGCCUUGUUUUUAUUUUAGCCUGGUACCUCAAGUAAGAGAGUUCUACCAGGAUUAUCAACUGUGAAGAGUGCCUCGCCAACCAAUAUUGAUAUUGGUUUUGUUCCACGGGGC